UUUUGCAAGUUUCAAAAUCCCACAUUCACUACUACACAAAACUCACUGUGUGCCUAGUUUCUCACUCAUUCUUUAUGACUCCAGCUAGAGAGCGAAACUAGCAGGAACAAAAGAAAGAAGGAAAGAACCAAACAAAAAAAAAAGUAACAAAAAAUCAAAGGGAGGCCAAGUUGAUGUCUGCCAUAUUUUUCUUGGCUAUGUGUUCUUAAAGAUUGAAUCUUUUUUGUUCCCAUUUCGUCUAAGCAGGCAUAUAUUAAAGUGGGAUAGAGAAGAAUAUAGGAAAAAAAUAAGUGGGCUGUUGAGAAAAAAAGGGACAUUUCUUUGUAAAGUUGCAAAUUUGUGAAGAGGGCGGUGUUAGCAUUAUGGGUUUAAAGAUUGCAUUUUUAUUUGGCGUGUUGGUUUUGCUGAGCUCCUGGAUUUCUUGUGGCAAAGCUUCUGUUUCGUAUGAUCACAAGGCCAUUUCCAUUAAUGGACAGAGAAAGAUUCUUAUUUCUGGCUCAAUUCACUAUCCAAGGAGCACACCUGAGAUGUGGCCGGAUCUUAUUCGGAAGGCUAAAGAAGGUGGCUUGGAUGUCAUUGAGACUUAUGUUUUCUGGAAUGGGCAUGAGCCUGAGCAAGGAAAGUAUUAUUUCGGGGGAAGAUAUGAUUUGGUGAAGUUUAUUAAACUGGUGCAACAAGCAGGGCUUUAUGUUAAUCUCAGAAUUGGCCCGUAUGCUUGUGCUGAAUGGAACUUUGGGGGUUUUCCAGUUUGGCUUAAGUAUGUCAAAGGCAUUAGUUUCAGAACUGACAAUGGGCCCUUUAAGGCUGAAAUGCAAAAAUUCACUACCAAGAUUGUUAAUAUGAUGAAGGCCGAGAGGUUGUAUCAAACUCAAGGCGGUCCGAUUAUAUUGUCACAGAUUGAGAAUGAGUAUGGACCAAUGGAGUAUGAGCUCGGUUCACCUGGCCGAGCUUACGCACAGUGGGCAGCCAAAAUGGCGGUGGGUCUUGGCACAGGUGUUCCAUGGAUCAUGUGCAAGCAAGAUGAUGCCCCGGAUCCUGUUAUCAACACGUGUAACGGUUUCUACUGUGAUUACUUCUCCCCGAAUAAGGCCUAUAAGCCCAAGAUAUGGACUGAAGCCUGGACUGGCUGGUUUACUGAAUUUGGCGGUGCAGUUCCAUACCGACCAGCUGAAGAUUUGGCGUUCUCUGUUGCAAGAUUUAUUCAGAAGGGGGGCUCCCUCAUUAACUAUUAUAUGUAUCAUGGAGGAACGAACUUUGGCAGGACAGCCGGUGGUCCAUUUAUUGCCACCAGUUAUGACUAUGACGCACCCCUUGAUGAGUACGGGCUACUGAGGCAGCCGAAAUGGGGUCAUCUAAGAGAUUUGCAUAGAGCAAUUAAACUCUGUGAGCCAGCUCUGAUUUCUGGAGAUCCAGAUGUUAUGUCACUUGGACACAACCAAGAGGCUCAUGUUUUCAGGUCGAAAAAUGGAGCUUGUGCAGCAUUUCUUGCAAACUACGACCAACAGUCAAUGGCAACGGUCUCCCUCUGGAAUAGGCAUUACAACUUGCCUCCUUGGUCCAUCAGUAUCCUUCCCGACUGCAAGAACACUGUUUACAACACAGCAAGGAUUGGUGCUCAAAGUGCACAAAUGAAGAUGACCCCUAUCAGCAGAGGAUUCAAUUGGCAGUCAUACAUUGAAGAUACAGCAUCAUCGUACGAUGAACGUUCGUUUACACUGGUUGGAUUAAGGGAGCAGAUUAAUACAACCUGGGAUAAAUCUGAUUACCUGUGGUAUACUACAGAUGUGAGGAUCGACUCUCAUGAAGGAUUUCUAAGAGGUGGCAAGUGGCCUGUUCUUACCGUCAAUUCUGCUGGCCAUGCUUUGCAUGUAUUCAUAAAUGGCCAAUUAUCAGGAACUACAUAUGGAAGUCUAGAUAAGCCUAAGAUAACUUUUAGUAAAGGUGUGAAUCUAAGAGCAGGUGUCAACAAAAUCUCUCUACUGAGCAUUGCGGUUGGGCUCCCGAACGUGGGACCUCAUUUCGAGACGUGGAAUGCUGGUGUCCUAGGCCCUGUUUCACUGAGUGGCCUUAAUGAAGGGAGAAGAGACUUAACAUGGCAGAAAUGGACUUACAAGGUUGGUCUGAAGGGGGAAUCUCUAAGUCUUGAUUCGGUCAAUGGAAUCUCAAACGUUGAGUGGGAUGAAGGCUCCUACAUCGCACAAAGGCAACCAUUGACGUGGUACAAGACGACUUUCAAUGCUCCGGGAGGAAACGAGCCCUUGGCUUUAGAUAUGAACACGAUGAGUAAAGGUCAGGUGUGGAUCAAUGGUGAAAGCAUUGGGCGCUACUGGAAUCAGUACAAAGCAUUAGGCAACUGCGGCGAAUGCAACUAUGCCGGCUGGUUCAGUGAGAAGAAAUGCCUAAGAAACUGCGGCGAAGCUUCUCAAAGAUGGUACCACAUUCCUCGCUCCUGGCUCCGUCCAACAGGCAAUCUUCUUGUUGUCUUUGAGGAAUGGGGAGGGAAUCCAAGCGGCAUCACUCUAUCGAAACGAGAAGUAGCAAGUGUAUGCUCGGAUAUAUACGAGUGGCAGCCAACCCUAGUGAACUAUCAGCUACAAACAUCAGGAAAAGUGGACAAACCAUUGAGGCCUAAAGCCCACCUCUCAUGUGAUGCAGGACAGAAGAUCUCAUCCAUAAAAUUUGCUAGCUUCGGCACGCCUCAGGGCUCCUGUGGCAACUUCCGACAGGGAAGCUGCCACGCAUUCCAUUCCUACGACGUUUUUGAGAAGUACUGCAUCGGCCAAACUUCUUGCACGGUGCCAGUGACACCCGAGAUCUUUGGAGGUGAUCCAUGUCCGGGUGUCAUGAAGAAGCUCUCCGUAGAGGUGGUCUGCAGUUGAAAGAGUGAUUCGUUCAGGUUGUUGGUCGUGCUUUAGAUGUGAUUGUUUUGUUGGGGGCUUUGGUGAGUGAAGUUGUACAUACAUACAACACACUGUCAAGUCUAGAGCCUCAGAAGAUUUGUAUGUAUAUAGCUAUACUUGGAUUUUCUGCAAAUGUAACACGCUGGGAUGGGAUGAGAUGCGCAUCGAGACGACUAAAGUGAGUCCGCGCGCGCCUUCAUCUCUACUAGUUUAGAGCAAGAUGCAAGCUCUCAUGGAUUUCAAGAUUUGUAUGUUUCAGUGUCAAUGUAGCAAUCAUUCAUUGCUUCACCUUUCUAUAAAAUAUGUUAUGCUAUUUCAUCA